UGCAGUGCUCGGUCCUCGGGUCCCGUCCCGUUGCUUUGUGUGCUCUACUAUGUGCUGCUCUCUCUCCCUCAUCUACAGACCAGACUUCACACCCUGUACCACGUCGAGGGGCCGGUGCGCGACCAUGGAAGCGAACAAAGAGCGGAGGGGCUUCCUCUUUCUUCUUUCCGGUAACAAAUCGACUAAAACAGCUGGUGUUGUCGUCGGCAACCAGGAAGUGUUUCCCUUAGUGACCGUCGGGCCAUGGAGCUGAGAUAACUCCGCCCCCUCUGCUGUGGUAACCAUGGGAACGUCCCGAUGCUUCCGUCUGGCGUUCCUGCUGGGGUCUGUGUUAAUGGUCCUGCUCAUCAUCCUCUAUUGGGACGACGUGGGAGCGCUCAAUCUCUACCCCCACGACCCUCAUGACCUUUACCCCCAUGACCCUCACCCCCACCCCACCUCACCCAGCUCCCCCACACCCACCAAACCCCCACCCAGGGACACAGAGGAGCAAGCGACCCACAAACCCCCCAGAACCACAGAGCCUGACCGGCCUGGAGAGGGGAGGAGGGCGACCCCCAAACCCCCAGGGGUGGAACACCCCCUCCCCCAAGUAACAGACUCCUCAGAGCUGGAGGGGAGGUGGAGAGGAGAGGAAGGGAAGCGAGAAGAGGAGAGAGUGAGGCAGGCGGAGGAAGAGAAAAGAGAGGAGGAGGGGAGGAGACGGGAGGAGAGGAGGAGGCGGAUCAGUCAUAUGUGUUCUGGGAACGGAACAUUAGAAUUCCCAGGAAAAUUCCGGACGUUUGACCAGAUUCCCAACCGGGAGUUAAACCACCUGAUCGUAGACGACAGACAUGAGAUCAUCUACUGCUAUGUUCCCAAGGUAGCAUGUACCAACUGGAAGCGUGUAAUGGUGGUUCUCUCUGAGGGUCUGCUGGCUCCGGAUGGACAACCUUACCGCGACCCCCAGGCCCUGCCCCCUGACCUCAUACACAACUCCUCCCUGCACCUCACCUUCUCCAAGUUCUGGCGUAGGUAUGGCCGUCUCUCCCGUCACCUGAUGAGGGUGAAACUGCAGAGUUACACCAAGUUCCUGUUUGUCCGCGACCCCUUCGUCCGACUCAUCUCUGCCUUCCGGAACAAGUUCCAACAGCCCAACGAAGACUUCUACCGCCAGUUUGGCUCGGUCAUGCUACGUCGUUAUGGAAACGAAAACGGGACCUCCAGGGUUCCGGAGUCAGCGGCGGAGGCGUUCGAGGCGGGGAUCCAGCCGUCGUUCUCGGAGUUCGUCCGGUAUCUCCUCGACCCCCAGACGGAGCAGGAGCAGCCAUUCAACGAACACUGGCGCCAGGUGUAUCGGCUCUGUCACCCCUGUCAGAUCCACUAUGAUUUCAUCGGCACGCUGGAAAACCUGGAGGACGACUCGGAUCAGCUGCUCCGGAUCCUGGGCCUGGAAGACCAGAUAAAGUUCCCGCCUAGCAACCGGAACCGCACGGCGGCCAGCUGGGAACGCGAUUGGUUCGCUGAGGUUCCGGCCGAGUUGAGGAGGAAGCUGUACAGUUUGUAUGAGCCAGACUUUGAGCUGUUUGGGUAUCCUAAACCAGAGAGUCUGCUCCAUCACUGAUAGGCUGUUUGGGUAUCCUAAACCAGAGAGCCUGCUCCAUCACUGAUAGGCUGUUUGGGUAUCCUAAACCAGAGUCUGCUCCAUCACUGAUAGGCUGUUUGGGUAUUCUAAACCAGAGAGUCUGCUCCAUCACUGAUAGGCUGUUUGGGUAUUCUAAACCAGAGAGUCUGCUCCAUCACUGAUAGGCUGUUUGGGUAUUGUAAACCAGAGAGUCUGUUCAAUCACUGAUAGGCUGUUUGGGUAUUCUAAACCAGAGAGCCUGCUCCAUCACUGAUAGGCUGUUUGGGUAUUCUAAACCAGAGAGCCUGCUCCAUCACUGAUAGGCUGUUUGGGUAUUGUAAACCAGAGAGCCUGCUCCAUCACUGAUAGGCUGUUUGGGUAUUGUAAACCAGAGAGCCUGCUCCAUCACUGAUAGGCUGUUUGGGUAUUCUAAACCAGAGAGCCUGCUCCAUCACUGAUAGGCUGUUUGGGUAUUCUAAACCAGAGAGUCUGCUCCAUCACUGAUAGGCUGUUUGGGUAUUGUAAACCAGAGAGCCUGCUCCAUCACUGAUAGGCUGUUUGGGUAUUCUAAACCAGAGAGCCUGCUCCAUCACUGAUAGGCUGUUUGGGUAUUCUAAACCAGAGAGCCUGCUCCAUCACUGAUAGGCUGUUUGGGUAUUCUAAACCAGAGAGCCUGCUCCAUCACUGAUAGGCUGUUUGGGUAUUCUAAACCAGAGAGCCUGCUCCAUCACUGACAGGCUGUUUGGGUAUUCUAAACCAGAGAGCCUGCUCCAUCACUUGAUGCCUUACACAUGUGGCUGAGAGCCGUGGAUUUGAACCCUGUAUACAUGCAAGUCCGCCACAAGGCUGUGCUGUUAGCCCACUGAGCUAAAGCCUAGGCAUUAACUUAGGGAGCUAACGCAACCCUCUAGCUCUCCACGAUCAGGAGAGAAGAACCAUUUAAGUGUUUUUUUUUCUAAAGGGAAUAGUGCUGUAAAAAAAACGUUUUUAAAUAAAACAUUUUUGGGGAAAUAAA